AUGGAUCCCCGCGUGGCCUGGAUCCAGCCCGAGCAGAAAGGACCCGCGAAUGCGCUGUGGAUGCAGAUCUGGGAGACCUCGCAGGGCGUGGGGGGCCGGGGCGGCGCCAGCUUCCCGCACUACCUCUGCCUCAACUCUCCGGCGCUGGACUCUGCCGCCUCUCCGCCGCGCGGGCACGGCUGCGUGCGGCUCGGGGCGCCCGGCGCCUGCUGCUCCUCUUCCUCGCCGCCCUCGCCUUCGCCUUCCCCGCCGGCCCUGCUGACCGGACUGGUGCCCGCUGUCCCCGGCGGCCCCGCGGCGGUGAACGGCGGCGGCGAGGGAGGGCGGCGGCUGCAGAAGUCGCCUUCCGUGUCUUCCUCGUCCUCCUGCUCGUCGGUGGAGUCCGGUACCGAGAGUCCCGGCUUCUCUUCCUCGGGAUCGUGCAGCGGUGGCGGAGGCGGCGGCUCCUCCUCUUCCUCCGGCGGCCCCCGGGCGGUGGCGGUGGCUCCUCCCGGGCUGCUGGGCAGCGGGGCUGGACCCGGGGAGUUUUUUAACUUCCACGAGAACAAAGUGAACGCUGUGAAUGGGCACCACCAGCCGCCGCACCCGGCGCGCAGCCCGCACCCGCCCCCGGCGUCUCCUCAGCAGCACCAGUACCACCCGGGCCGCAGGAAACGGGAGAAUAAAGCCAGCACCUAUGGGAUGAAUUAUCUGCUCUCCGGCAGCCGCGGCGUCGCCGUCAACAACUCCCCCCACCAGCAGCGGCAGCCGCCUCAGCCAGCGCUGCAGAGCCCCGGCACCCCCUGGAAGACCAGGAAAUACAGCCCGGGCGUGCAGGGACUACAUGAAGAAAUCAUUGAGUUCUAUGACUUCAUGUCCCCUCGUCCUGAAGAAGCAGCUAUGAGAAGAGAAGUGGUAAAAAGGAUAGAAACAGUCAUCAAAGAUCUUUGGCCUACCGCUGAUGUCCAGAUAUUUGGCAGCUUUAGUACAGGGCUUUAUCUUCCAACUAGUGAUAUUGAUCUAGUUGUUUUUGGGAAAUGGGAACGACCCCCUUUACAGCUAUUGGAGCAAGCACUGAGAAAACACAAUGUGGCUGAACCAUAUUCCAUUAAAGUACUUGACAAAGCUACGGUACCAAUAAUAAAACUCACUGACCAGGAGACAGAAGUGAAAGUUGACAUCAGUUUUAAUGUAGAAACUGGUGUGAAGGCAGCUCGAUUUAUCAAGGAAUACAUGAAGAAGUACUCUUUGCUACCUUACUUGAUUUUAGUAUUAAAACAGUUCCUCCUUCAGAGGGAUUUGAAUGAAGUUUUUACUGGUGGAAUUAGCUCUUACAGCCUAAUUUUAAUGGCAAUUAGUUUUCUGCAGCUACAUCCAAGAAUUGAUGCCAGAAGAGCUGAUGAAAACAUUGGAAUGCUUCUAAUAGAAUUUUUUGAACUGUAUGGAAGGAAUUUUAACUACUUGAAAACUGGUAUUAGAAUAAAAAAUGGAGGUGCCUAUAUUGCCAAAGAAGAAAUCAUGAAAGUCAUGACUAAUGGAUACAGACCAUCCAUGCUAUGUAUUGAAGAUCCUCUUCUGCCUGGAAACGAUGUUGGCAGAAGUUCUUACGGUGCAAUGCAAGUGAAGCAAGUUUUUGAUUAUGCCUACAUUGUUCUUAGCCAUGCCGUAUCACCACUUGCAAGAUCAUAUCCAAAUAGAGAUUCUGAGAGCACAUUAGGUAGAAUCAUCAAAGUGACCCAAGAAGUGAUUGACUACAGGGCCUGGAUUAAAAAGAAGUGGGGGAGCAAAAUUAAUUUAUCACCUGAACUUGAUAAUAGGUUGAAAAUAAGAGACCCGAUAGCUCUCUGCAAUGGAGAACAGCAGCAGAACAGAGACUCUGAACCAUCUUACAAUCAGCACUUGGCAUUGUCAUUGGCCAGUACACAGCAGUUAUCCUCUGGUUCAUCUGCCUCUUCUGUGUCAUCGCUCUCCAGCAGUGACAUUGAAUCAGAUACACCAUCUUGCACAGCUCCUAAUGUUUACCAGUUCAGUCUUCAAGCACCGACUCAGCUUAUGGCCAGUUUAGCACCCGCAUUGCCCCUGCCAAGUGGUAAACCCCAAUCUGCGCCUCCGGGAGCCCUGAUAAUGGCCACCAGUAAUCAGCAGCACAGUGGAAUGAAGUUUUCCAUGAAAGGAACACAUAACCAAGGCAACAGCUACAGCCCUGUUGGCAGUGGAGGCAUGAGGCAACCAGUUGGUAACCGUGGACACCACCAGUACAAUCGAAAUAUAUGGAGAAGGAAAAAACACAGAGACAGCUUGCCUAUUAGUCUGAGCAGAUAAUGGCAGAUGCCAAAAUGAACCUCCCCUGUUCAGACAAACUGAGUGAGUGCCACUCGACUUGAGGGAUGGAGACCAGCGUCCAGCACAUCGUUUUAUUGGUGUUGCCAAAUAUCUGCAGCUGACUUCUUUGCAUGUUUCUUUGUGUGGUGGUUCAGUCCAUCUUCAAGAAGUAGUUGUGCUUAUCUGUGAAGCCUUAUUAAAUGUGGAAGUUUGUUUUCUGCCUUCCCACAAUGGUUCAUUCAGUGCCGAAGCAGCUCUGACAAUAGAACUGCAAGGACAUUUACAAAUGCUGUAGCUUUUUUUGCUGUGGCUAUAUCUGUUCCUUUUAUUUUAUUUUAGAAGUGAAGGAAACUUCUGCCCCUUGGAAUUAUAUUUUUUUCUUCUUUGCAGCAAAUCAAGUUGGGAAAUCAUAAAAGUGAAUUUGCUGCUCUC